CUUGUCUUGUGUUUGUAAAUUUUGUAUUUCAAAUCAAAUUAUUUGCGAUAAAACCCAGAAAUCCCUACUGGCAGGGUCAUUUCGAGAGACAAAUCUAGUAUUUGCAACAACCACUCAAGUUCGUUCCCAACUGUAACUUCCGAUAAAAACAUUUCAUAAACAUGAGUCGUAAAGAAGCCCUGUCCUCCUUCAUCCAGCAAAUCCACGGAAGACCAGUCGUUGUCAAGCUGAACAGCGGGGUCGACUAUCGAGGUGUCCUGGCCUGUCUUGAUGGCUACAUGAACAUAGCUUUAGAGCAAACUGAGGAGUAUGUGAAUGGACAACUCAAGAACAAGUACGGGGAUGCUUUCAUACGAGGAAACAAUGUACUCUACAUCAGCACACAAAAAAGAAGAAUUUAACUUGUAAGUUCUUAUUUAAUGUAUAUUUAAGUGUAAUUUGAUAAGGUUCUUGAAAUAAACUUUAAAGGUUA